GAACCUAAAUUAAUUGUGUGUUUUCAAAGGUUUUCAAUAUUUUUUUAGGAUCUAGUGGGGCAGCUGGAUGGUGUCUCCUAGGGACUCUGAGCAUCCUUAACAAACUACGGUUCCCAAGACUCUUUGGAGGACGCCAUCUUGCUUGGGAGGCGGUUAAUGAAUUGGUUUGAAUACAACCAAAAAUGCAGGAUAGAACAUAGUGAGCAGAGAACAGAGAGCAUUCCACAUGGCAAAGCCCUUGUGGUUGUGCUUCGAUUAAGGGAUUUGUUGCACCUUGCAUUAGAACUUGGCAGAGGACCAAGGGGCUCCUUCCGAUCUCUUGGAGACUUCCUGGGAACACAGAUGGAUGAGCAAGACUCAGCUGGCACUGAAGCAGGAAGAGGCCAUGCCAUGGAAACGGGGAGCAGUGGGGGAUUCUGUGAAAACUCUGUGCAGAAGCUCCUGGGUGAGGAGGACACCCUCCACUCAGCUGUGCAGAGCCAGCAGCUCAGGCAGUUCUGCUACCAGGAGGCCAAAGGACCCCGAGAGGUUUGCAGCCAACUCUACCACUUUUGCCACCAGUGGCUGAAGCCAGAAAGGCACAUGAAAGCUCAGAUGUUGGACCUGGUGAUCUUGGAGCAGUUCCUGGCUGUCCUUCCCCCGGAGAUGGAGAGCUGGGUGAGGGAAUGCGGGGCGGAGACCAGUUCCCAGGCAGUGGCCCUGGCCGAAGGUUUCCUCCUGAGUCAGGCAGAGGAGAAAAAGCAGGCAGAGCAGCAGAGGAAGGAUCUUUUUGCAGAAAUGGGUCUUGAUUCUUCUGAGGCAGAGAAGACUCCGUUGGACACCAGAGUGAGGCCUCUGGGAGACGGAAUGAUGCCACCAAGACCUGCUCCUUCAUCUUUUCAUGGUGGUGGAGGGGAGGCAGCAGCUGUGGACCCAGAUCAGGAUACAGUUUGCUUUGAAGAUGUAGCUGUCUAUAUCACAGAUGAGGAGUGGGCGUUGCUGGAUCCUGACCAGAGAGCUCUGCAUCAGGAGGUCAUGGAGGAGAAUCGUGGGAUGUGGGACUCUCUCAUUUCAGGUGGUGAUAAAUUGGAAAUGAAGAACAAGGGAGAGCACAAUGAAUUUCACACAGUGGAGGAGCCAUAUCAGGAUUCAGACUGUGGAGAGAGCUUCAGUCAGAGCUCCCAUUCCUCUUCCCAUCAAAGAAAUCCGCUUUCUUCUCAACCCUAUCAGUGCUUGGAAUGUGGAAAGAACUUCAGUCACAGGGCCCAUCUCACUUCUCAUCAAAAAAUUCAUAUAGGAGAGAAACCAUUACAGUGCUUGGAAUGUGGAAAUAGCUUCACCAGGAAAGAAAAUCUCACUUCCCAUCAAAGAAUUCAUACAGGGGAGAAACCCUAUCAGUGCUUGGAAUGUGGAAAGAGCUUUACUUGGAAAGAAAGUCUCACUUCCCAUCAAAGAGUUCAUACAGGGGAGAAACCCUAUCAGUGCUUGGAAUGUGGAAAGAGCUUCACCUGGAAAAUAAGUUUCACUUCCCAUCAAAAAAUUCAUACAGGGGAGAAACCAUAUCAGUGCAUGGAAUGUGGAAAGAGCUUCAGGAGGAACUCAGAUCUUACUUCCCAUCAAAGAAUUCAUACAGGAGAUAAACCCUUUAAAUGCUUGGAAUGUGGAAAGAGCUUCAUUAACAGCGCCACACUCACUUCCCAUCAAAGAGUUCAUGCAAGGGAGAAACCCUUUAAGUGCUUGGAAUGUGGAAAGAGCUUCACCUGGAAAAUAAGUUUCACUUCCCAUCAAAGAAUUCAUACAGGGGAAAACCCCUAUCAGUGCCUGGAAUGUGGAAAGAGCUUCACCAGGAAAGAAAGUCUCACAGCCCAUCAAAGAGUUCACGCAAGGGAGAAACCCUUUAAGUGCUUGGAAUGUGGAAAGAGCUUCAACUGGAAACUGAGUUUAGCUUCCCAUAAAAUAAUCCAUACAGGGGAAAAACCGUAUCAGUGUGUGGAAUGUGGAAAGAGAUUCGUUAACAGCGCCAACCUCACUUCCCAUCAAAGAAUUCAUACAGGGGAGAAACCCUAUCAGUGCUUGGAAUGUGGAAAGAGCUUCACCUGGAAAAUAAGUUUCACUUCCCAUCAAAGAAUUCAUACAGGGGAAAACCCCUAUCAGUGCCUGGAAUGUGGAAAGAGCUUCACCAGGAAAGAAAGUCUCACAGCCCAUCAAAAAAUCCAUGCAGGGGAGAAACCAUAUAAUUAUUUGUACGUUUGCCUCUUAGUUUCAGGUAUUGAUGAAUUGGAAAUGAAGAACAAGGGAGACCACAAUGAAAUCCAUACAGUGGAGGAGCCAUAUCAGUAUUCAGACUAUGGAGAGAGCUUCAGUCAGAGCUCCCAUUCCUCUUCCCAUCAAAGAAAUCCCCUUGAGAAGAAACCCUAUCAGUGCUUGGAGUGUGGAAAGAGCUUCUCCUGGAAAAAGAGUUUCGCUUCCCAUCAAAGAAUUCAUACAGGAGAGAAACCAUAUUGUUGUUUGGAAUGUGGAAAGAGCUUCAGUCGGAAGGACAGUCUCACUUCCCACAAAUCACAUCAUACAGGACAGAAACCUUAUCAGUGCUUGGAGUGUGGAAAGAGCUUCAUCUGGAAACAGACUUUAGCUUCCCAUCAAAGAAUUCAUACAGGGGAGAAACCACAUCGUUGUUGGGAAUGUGGAAAGAGCUUCAGUCAGAGGACCAAUCUCACUUCCCAUCAAAGAGUUCAUACAGGGGCGAAACCCUAUCAGUGCUUGGAGUGUGGAAAGAGCUUCACCUGGAAAGAAAAUCUCACUUCCCAUCAAAGAAUUCAUACAGGGGAGAAACCCUAUCUGUGCUUGGAAUGUGGAAAGAGCUUCACUAGGAAAGAAAAUCUCACUUCCCAUCAAAGAAUUCAUACAGGGGAGAAACCCUAUCAGUGCUUGGAAUGUGGAAAGGGCUUCAGUCGAAAGGACAGUUUCACUUACCAUCAAAGAAUUCAUACAGGGGAGAAACCAUUUCAGUGCUUGGAAUGUGGAAAGAGCUUCACCUGGAAAGAAGGUCUCACUGCCCAUCAAAGAAUCCAUACAGGGCAGAAACCCUAUCAGUGCUUGGAAUGUGGAAAGAGCUUCAGUCACAGCUACCAUCUCGCUUCCCAUCAAAUAAUUCAUACAGGGGAGAAACCAUUUCAGUGCCAAGAGUGUGGAAAAAGCUUCAGACAUAAGAGCAGCUUCACUUCCCAUCAAAAAACUCACGGUGGAGGGAAAACUAGUAGUGUUUGUGUAGAGUUUUAAUUUUAGGAGGCAUUAUUAUUUUUUAGAUUUACAUACUGCCCUUCAUCACAAAAUCUCAGGGUGGUUCACAAAAUACAAUACAAGGUAAAAGCAUGAAUAAAUAGGUAAAAGAAAAACAACACGGCAACACCACCUCUCCCAUAAACAUUUAAAAUGCUGUACAGUGGGAGACUUCUGGUUUCUGCAGAUGGUGGUCGGAGUGCGAGUUUCUGCAGAGUGGAGUCUAAUUGCUCCGACACACUUGAGCCCCAUGGAGCAACAGGGAGAAGCACUGAGGCAGAGUGCGCAAAAAACCCUGAGAGGGUUCUCCAGGUGUGGAGGGUCCAGCAGCCCGCAAAAGCUUCUCCAGCUGCCCUUGAUUCCUCUGCUGAAAGGCACGGGGAGAGGGUGUGGGGAGCAGUGACGGAGCCAGUGGUCCUGGCAGCAGCGCAACUCCGUGGGAGACAAGCCUCCACUCUAGGCUGAAGCAGAGAUUUCCCAAAACUACUUACAACCGAUGGGAAGGUAAAGAAGAUUUUAUAAAAGAUUGUAUUCGACUAAAUUCGGCACCAGACAGAGAAAUAAAAAGGAGGUUCGUCCCCAUCUCCUAGGUAAUAGCCACUGCAUUGGGAAAGUUUGUAAGUGGGAAAGUUACCAGCUUAUUUGAUAUAAAUGGACAGCAGCUUGCUGAUGGGAAAGUUGGAUUAAAAGCAACCCAAACCCAUUCUCAUUUCUUGUUGGAUUUAUAAUUGUGAACAUGACCUUGCAUCCAAGAAACCCGAUGUCUGCAGGAGAACACCCAUUAAGUGGAGUGAGUACCUGGAAAUACUUGUGAGUUUGGCAAGGCACACUUUGAUCGGAGGGAUUUUUGAAAGUCUGGUUUCAUUUUAAAAAAAUAAAAAAUUGUCUAGUAGCACCUUAGAGACCAACUAAGUUUGUUCUGGGUAUGUUAUUUUGUGUGCAUGCACACUUCUUCAGUUGGAAAAGUAUUAAAAAUUUCUGGGAAAGGAUUUAUAAUGAACAGAAAAAAAUGUUUAAAAUGACCUUUGUUUAAAAACCAGAAGCUUUCUUAAUAGGUUCAAUAGAUCCUGAACUACCCAAAGAACAGAAGAUAUUCAUGUAUGCUACAACAGCGGCCCGGAUCCUGUUAGUUCAAAGAUGGAAGGAAGAAACUUUGAAG